AUGAUCGGAUCUUCUCAUAUCCCGUUCGAUGAAGGCCCGUCGGAGGAGUUCCUUGUAUUCAACGCUUUGAUUUGGACUCGCUCGACGAACACUGUGUCCGAUACGAUCACCUUAUAUUUCAUGGAAAACGGAUCCGGUACAACGGCGCUGGACAAGCUUAAGCCAUCGGCCGGAUAUGCCGGCUAUUCGACAAAUUUUAAGCUGCCGCAGCGUUCUUAGCAUUGGCAGCAGGAGUAUAUAUGAUAAUGUAUGUUG